GAUCGAUUUUGCUUAAACUUUUGUUUUUCUUCAGAUCGGGAGUGAUUUUUCGUGCUUUCGGUGGUCUUUUUUUUACCGGUUUUGUUAUGGUCGAGGUGAGGUUUUGCAGGGUGAUGGCAGCUUUUUCACUUCCUGGACUGGAAAGAUGAAUGUUUUGGGGUGCUAAGCUUUGUUGUUGUCAAUGCAGUAUGGAAUCUCAGGGUUUUUAGUUUUUCUGGACCUGACUGAAGAGGUUUAUAGAUAAGUGGAGCUUCUAAGCGGUUGAAUUAACCCUAAGUUCGGCUACAAGUAGAGGAAUUUUGUGGUAGUGACGUGAAUCUGGUUUCGGAUUAGUGGAUUUGAACUUCUGAUUGGAUAAUACUGCUUCCAGAGCCAUCGAAUUAAUCUGAGCUUCUGUUGGUCAAAGGAGGAUUAGUCUUGCGAUUUGCUGUAACCUGUGUGCGAAAAGGUGGGGUUUUUGGGUGGAUUCGUGCUGUAUACGGUGGAUGGUGCUUUUUGGCUGUGAAGUGACCUUAAAUCUUUUCAAAAGUGGAGAAAUCGGCCGAUUUCCGUGGUGAAGAGUUGAGAUCGGAGGAGAAUCGAGGAGUUCUUCUAAUGUCGGGAGCUCCUAGAGUCAGGUCCAUGAACGUCGCGGACUCGGAGGUUCGGCCCGUCCUUGGUCCUGCUGGGAACAAGACUAGGUCAACAAUUACAAGGAAACCUGCUACUAAGCCUUUGCGCAAGGUGGAGAAAACACCAGAGGUCACAGUGGAGGAGAAGACAGUUCCUUCACCUCCGUCUGCUGCUUCACCUCCUAAGCUUCACUCGGUGAAUGUUCCUUUGGUUUUGCGGAGGCAGGAGCAGUUAUUGCACUCUAAUCUCUCUCUCAAUGCGUCCUGUUCAUCAGAUGCUUCUUCCGAUUCAUUUGUCAGUCGAGCUUCUACUGGAAGAGUAACUCGAAUAGGUAGUACUGCAAGCCGAAGAAAGCAAUUUGCUUCAAAGCCUGUAAAAAUUGUUCCCGAUGUUUUCACCGUACCUCCACUCGACAUUGUACAAGGAAAAAAGAGGUGUGCCUGGGUGACACCAAAUACUGAGCCAUGUUAUAUUGCUUUCCAUGAUGAAGAAUGGGGACUUCCAGUCCAUGAUGACAAGAAACUCUUCGAGUUGCUAGUCCUAUCAGGUGCUUUGGCUGAACUUACUUGGCCAGUCAUUCUCAGCAAAAGGCACAUAUUUAGGGAAGUCUUUUUGGAUUUUGAACCGGUAGCGGUCUCAAAGUUGAGUGAGAAGAAGAUCACAGCUCCAGGAAGCACAGCCAGCUCCCUAUUGUCAGAGCUAAAGCUGCGAGCAAUCAUUGAUAAUGCACGCCAAUUUUGUAAGAUCAUCGAUGAGUUUGGGUCAUUUGAUAAGUAUAUAUGGGGUUUUGUGAACCACAAGCCAAUAGUCAGCAACUUUCGAUAUCCCCGCCAGGUUCCAGUGAAGACUCCAAAAGCAGAUGUGAUAAGCAAAGACUUGGUGAGAAGGGGUUUCCGGAGCGUGGGUCAAACAGUGAUCUACUCAUUCAUGCAAGUUGCUGGAAUAAUGAACGACCAUCUAAUUACUUGCUUCAGAUUCCAGGAAUGUUGUAUAGCUGCAUCAGCAGGGACGGAACCAGAUGUUAGCAAAGUUAAAGCUGAAGAGAAGAAAGCCGAGGACAUGAUGGGUUCAGAAAUAACAAGGGCCAUGGUUGAGUUAAGUAUUCCCUCGGAAUAAUGAGACGAUGUUUCUUCCAUUUGGCAGAUGGAACAUGGGUUCUUUCGCCAAUUUUCAUCCAUGUACGUACUACGACCAUUACCAGGUAGUUGGCUGCUCUUUUAUGAGUUGGGUGGUGGAAGAUGGGUUGUGUAUAAAGGAGAUCGCUAUGAAUUCUUAUGCAUCUUUGGUUUGUAGAUUAUAAAAGGAGAAUUCUAUAUCCA